CGGUAAUCUUUACGUCUCGUUGCGGCAGCCACACAGAACAAGGAAGCAACAUGUGCCUCCUGAGUUCCGACCAUAAUAACUUUAACAAGGCAUCAGAGCGGACAACGGGCGUGACAAGAAGAGGGAAAACUCACCGACUCUGCGGUUUUCACACACAGGACACUUUAAUAAGCGCAUCAUGAAACGAGAGGUGAGAGCCGGAGUCGACUUUCUGAAGCGUCUCGCUGUGGCACAAGGAAAGCUCGACAAAGCCAAAGCGGAGCUGUUUGGCGAGAAGCUGCAGAAGCUUUUAUGCGACAAAUACGAUAAACACUGGUAUCCUGAGUGUCCGAGCAAGGGCCAGGCGUACAGAUGCAUUAGGAUAAAUAACGAAGCGCCCUGUGAUGAAGUGGUUCGUAAGGCGUGUGAGGAGAGUGAGCUCACGCCCAGCAGUCUGGGCCUUCCUCCUGAGAUAACGCUGUGGAUCGACCCGAUGGAGGUGUGCGCCAGAUCUAGGGAAAACGGGAGGCCCUUCACAAUCGCCUGCUUCAAAGAGGACGAGGAAGAUGAGAGCGUGAAGGGUGGCCGGGACGACUCCUCUCUGAGCCUAGACACGUCGGAUUACCACUCCGCUACCUCUUCGGACUGUGGUUCCACCGCAUCGAGCGACACGGAGGAGGAGGCGAAAGAUGGCGACUUAGAAGAAAAGCUGGCGGAGGGCKUGAAGAAGGAAGCGGCAGAAAGCAGCACCUACACAGUAACGAUGGUGCCCAGGGUGCGCAAGUGGCAGACAGAAGCACAAAAUAAAGUCAAAUACGUCAGGAAAAAGGUCCCUGCUAGUCUCCAGUACUUCUAUCAUCCCACACCAGUAUGGCCUCAGUACAAGAAGGGGGCUCCGGUGUUCCUGGCCACAGUGUGUGCACCCCCAGCACCACCGCCUCCACCCCAGCAGGUCUUUGGUUACUACAUCUUACCGCAGCCGUCUCCACAGUUCAUCCUGCCUCAGGCUGCCCUGCAGCCAUGGGGAGCUGUGAAAGCCUAAAGUGUCCAAAGAGCAUUAUAAGCUUCUUUAACUGAGCCACGCUAUAAAAUAUCUCAGAGUUUAGCUACAAUCGGGCCAAAUAAAUGCAGACAAAUGCCUUAUUUGUAAAGUUUAAAUGUUUUUCUUGCACAGUCUUAAACUCUUUUUUUUUUUAACUUGUCUUUAAAUCAGGACAGCAAUGCCACUGAAUUUGAGCAAAAACUGUUUUAUCUGCUAUGUCUGCACUGCUAGUUUUCCUGCCGACUGUCCUCAACAAGAAGGUCUUUGAUCACUGUGUGAACUCAGGAAGUCUUAGCAAUAUGUUUAAGGCCAAAUAAUUGUCCUUUUUUUGUCCUGUAAUAUUAAUCUUUUCUAUUUCUUUUUACCAAAUAAGGUUCACUGUGAACAAAUUACAGUUAAUCUUUGUAAAAUGUGAUUCAGGGUUUUAUUGUGUUGUAGCUACAGUCAUAUCUGUACAUUAAGAUUUUCUACUAAAACAACUUGUAAAUAUAUUUAAAAAAAACUGUUUUACCAUAGAACAAUGCACACUUUUUAAUCUUCUGUAAUUUAUUUGGCUAACAGUAGAUGGUGCUCAUGUCACACCAAAUACAUGAUAUUAUUUUUUGUUGUUUUAUGUAACUGUUGACAGCUAUACAUUGCUAGUUAACUUCCCAGAGCACAGAGAAGUGUUUUAUUUUUUAACCUGUGUACUCAAUACUGUUUUUAAACUAUUUAUUGUAAAUAACAUUCUUUACGACGAUCUGCUACAGCUUUAUAAAAAUGUCACAAAUGCACGCUUCACCUGAUUGAAUAUUUAUUUACUGCUCUGACAGUUUGAAGCUCAUCUUUUUAUUAUUUUGUUUUAAAUCUUUGCAGAGAGCAAUAUUUUAUUUCCUGCAGAAUAAACCAGUGUUUAAUUGAAA